CUUUCGAUCAAAACACGUCUAUCGCUCUCUCAAAUAUUUUUUUUGUGUCACCUUCAAUAAAAUUAUGAAGAUUUUUGCGUUUUUCGUUCUUCUCAGCUUGAUCGGCGUGUCAAAAGUCAAUUCUCAAGCAGCAGCUCCAAAUCCAUUCACACCGCAACAGAUCCAAUGUAUCCGAAACUGCCCGAGAAUAGCAAAUUAUAAUCCGGUAUGCGGAACUGACAACUUCCAAUACGAAAAUUCGGCACAUUUGAGAUGCGCGCAGCGAUGUGGUUACAACGUUCAAGCUGCUUUCAAUGGUCGAUGCGAGCCAUUUUUGAACCCGCCGCGGAAUCAGCAGGGCGUUGACAACGGAUUUCGAGGCUUUUUCUUCUAAUCCGAGCAAAUUUUGGACAAAUUUGGACCAAUCUCAAAGAUAAAAAUUGAGAAAAGUGACGUUUUUACAGUGAGAAUGCCUUAAAAUACGUAAAUAGAAGACUCUGCGAUAAUUUUUAUAGGAAAAAAAUAACAAGUUUACAAAAAAAUUGAAUA